GCCGCUAGCGCGGCCUUGGUCACCGCUCGGUUUUGGGACUUGGGUCGUUCUCCGAAGAUGUCUUGGGCAACGGAGGCCUCCAGGGACCCAAAACUGUGCGGUGACAGAUCCGUAGCCACUCUGGCACAAGGCCUGGCACCGCCUUCCACUUCAGCACACACUACUCUACACUUCUUCAACUCGCCUCCGCACCUGACAGGAUGGUGCCCCCUCGCUCGCGCGUGCUGCUGGCGUGCUUGCUGGCAGGCGCACGCGGGGCGUCCCUCUCCGGACUGGAGGCCGCCGCCGACGCCGACGCCCUGGCGAUGCGGCUCGCCGACACCCUGGCGAUGCAGCUCUCCGCGGCGCUGCGCACGCCGCCGACGACGGCCGUGAACGAGACGGAGAACUGCACGAACGAGACCAUCCCCUGGCUGCAAAUCGGGUUCGCCAUGGACUGCACCGGCAGCACCGGGGCGUACCUCGCGUCUCUGAAGACGACAGUCGGCAACCUGGCGGCCCAGUUGUCGGCGUCGGUCACCACGCUGCAGAUGGCAUUUUUGUGCUACCGCGACGAGGGCGAUGUGUCCCCUCCCCGCUACGAGUGGGCAGUGCACCCUAAUCCGCUUGCUCACUGGUUCACGGACUCCGUCCAGCUGCAAGCCGCGAUCGCCCCCUUCUACUCCACAGGCGGCGGCGACAGUCCAGAGGACAACGCCGGCGCGAUGGGGCAGAUGUUGCACAACAAUCCAUGGGAUCCGAGCGCCGUGAAGGUUCUCAUUGUCAUCUCGAAGGACAGGGACUCCCAGCGGACGCCGUAUCAGACCGACGCCCUCCAGUGCACGCUGAUGCAGGAUAUCAGGGCGGCCGGUAUCAACCUCAUCCUGGGGCACCUGGACACCAGCACGACAUCAUCUAUGCUGUGGGACUCGACGUACAAACCGACACUGCCAUGGAGGGGAUGCUACGCGGACCCCUCCGACCCACACCAGCUGAAGGAGAUCCAGUUCUCUGGCGUUACCGCGACAGAAUUCAGCGCCCUGUUGAUCGAGGAGAUCUGCGACACAAUCACCACUGUCCCAGAAGACCCCACAGCAGUGGGCGACCCGCAUCUCGUCAACAUGCUCGGCGAGCAUUUCGAUAUCAUGCGCGCUGGCAGGUACAAGCUCCUCCACAUCUCCCGCGACGCCGACAAGCGCGACCUGCUGCUCGCCGCAAGUGCAGACGUGGUCCGAUACGGGCACUCCUGCGACGACAUGUACUUCACGGCCAUCAACAUUACUGGGCAGUGGUCAUUCGGGCACAAGAACACCACUUUCGUCGCCGGGGCCGCCCCGCCCAAGACCAGCACGGGCUGGGUGGACUUCGGCGCCGUCUCGCUGAAGGUGGUCCACGGCAGGACGGUCAAGGCCACGCCGUACCUGAACUUCUUCGCGGGCCGCGUGCAGCACGCGGGGUACAGUGCCGGAGGCCUUCUCGGCGACGGCGACCACACGAAGGCCGAGACCCCAGACGAGGAGUGCCAGAAUCACAUGUCGCUGCUGUCAAGCAGUUCGGUGCUCAGGUAAAGCUGGCCUUCCAGUAUACCCCUGGCCGCCGCGAUGUCUCUCGCGUUCCUCUGAUGGCAGUACGUCUUGAUUGUUUUUCUCACAUGUUCCAGUUGUUCGGCGCUUCCUCGUGCUGAGACGCACGCGUGCGCAAGAGGCUAUCAACCGAGAGACCACAGCGGCCCAGACUGCGUUUUCUGCUGUCCGCGCCUGGCACGGCCGCUGUCUUUACGGUCAACCCGCAUAAGAGGGAUGGGCAACCUUCCCAAGGCUAUCCUUGCAUCCUCGCUUCCUCGGUCCAAACCUUCGCCACUUCCGUUGGCCGCGCCCAACUCGAAAAGC